GUGAAAUAAUCUGGUCUUUUGGCAACAAUGCCAUUUCCAUUUGGCAAAUCCCAUAAGUCUCCUGCGGACAUUGUAAAAAAUCUAAAGGAGAGCAUGGCGGUGUUAGAAAAACAAGAUAUCUCUGACAAAAAGGCAGAAAAGGCCACGGAAGAAGUGUCGAAGAAUCUGGUAGCUAUGAAGGAAAUCUUGUAUGGUACAAAUGAGAAGGAACCCCAGACUGAAGCAGUGGCACAGCUGGCUCAGGAGCUGUACAACAGUGGCCUCCUCAGCACUUUGAUAGCAGACUUACAACUCAUUGACUUUGAGGGCAAGAAAGAUGUGGCUCAGAUUUUCAACAACAUUUUGAGAAGGCAGAUUGGCACACGGACUCCAACUGUGGAAUAUAUCUGCACUCAGCAAAAUAUAUUGUUCAUGUUACUGAAAGGGUAUGAAUCACCAGAAAUCGCACUUAAUUGCGGCAUUAUGCUGCGCGAAUGUAUCCGGCAUGAACCAUUGGCAAAAGUUAUUCUGUGGGCUGAGCAAUUUUAUGAUUUCUUCAGAUAUGUGGAAAUGUCAACUUUUGACAUUGCUUCAGACGCGUUUGCCACAUUCAAGGAUUUGCUUACACGACAUAAACUUCUGAGUGCAGAAUUUUUGGAACGGUAUUACGAUCGAUUCUUCAGUGAAUAUGAAAAGUUACUCCAUUCAGAAAACUAUGUCACAAAAAGACAGUCACUGAAGCUACUUGGAGAGCUUCUACUGGAUAGACAUAAUUUUACCAUAAUGACAAAGUAUAUCAGCAAACCAGAGAACUUGAAGCUCAUGAUGAAUCUUCUGCGAGACAAAAGCCGCAACAUUCAGUUUGAGGCCUUCCAUGUAUUUAAGGUGUUUGUGGCCAAUCCCAACAAAACUCAGCCAAUUCUGGAUAUCUUGCUGAAAAACCAGACCAAGCUGAUAGAGUUUCUCAGCAAAUUCCAGAAUGACAGGACCGAAGAUGAACAAUUCAAUGAUGAGAAGACUUACUUGGUCAAACAAAUCAGAGAUCUAAAGAGACCAGCACCCCAGGAAUCCUAAAGCUGUGUUAUAAAACAGAAUGCAAUUUAAGCAACUGCUGUCUAUUAAUGAACAUCAAGCACCCUUAUUCGAUUCUUAUGGAUUACUGCUAAUCUGCUGUCCAGUGAACGGUUUUUGUUUUUUUGUUUUGAAGUCAAAAAGAUGAAAUUUAGCUGCUGCUUUCCUGCACAUUAGAGCACAACAUGGACUGUUUCUAUGACAAAAAAGUAACUUCAAUGUAAACAUACCGUCUUAUGGUUAAACGUAGGUGAGAGGGAAUUUGGUUUAUGUAAGCAAAUUUUUAGAAAUUAGAAUGGUUCAUGAAAAAAGGAUAACAACAGUAAACAGAGGUUGCAUGCCUGGUAUAAGAUCUAUUUAUUUGCAAACUGUGCUGAGUGUUUGUCAUGGAUUUGAUCUAUGCUAACAUUUAAAGGCACACACCAUAGUCAUAAGGAUUAAAGUGCUGGAUCUCCAUGUUAUUGAUUUUUCCUUUAUGGAUAUGGUGCGCUACUUGUGAUUUAAUUUAGUUGGGUUCAUUUUUCUAUGGUGUAUGUUUUUUGAAGUCAUUUAGUAGAACUUGUUCACAAAAUGGUUUAAAAGUGAACUCCAUUCAAAUAUGAAUAGGGGACUAAAAUCAGUUAUUGGUUAGAGUUCUCCUAGGAUGCAAAGCUAUGCAUGUUUACUGUAAAGAAAUCGAGCCUGCAGCAUUGUGACAGCGAUUUUCCCCCUGGUGCUCUGUAAACAGAUUUCCCAGUGGAUUGUGUCCUACCUGUGACACGUUUUUUUAAUGCUAGGAAAUUUAUUGAUAAAAUUGAAAGUUGAAAUGCUGCAUCUCCCCUCCUGUAAUUGCAGAAUGUAGUGUUACAAGCUAGAUUUCUUUGCAUAGUUGUACACAAUUCAGAAUGCUGGCAAAGAACUGUAGAUGUGAGAAGUUUUUCUUUUUAAGGGAUGUGAUUAUCCCCCUUAAUGUAUUAAGUAACUUUCAGGAGAAUUAAUCUGUUGGAAAGGGGUUGUUCUUAUUGGGGGAGAAGAGAAUGUACAUAGGCCUUUUGUUGAUUUAUAGAUUUUGCAGGCAGUUUGAUUUACAAGAAUUGAAAAGUAUAUACACUUUCAAAUGUUUUACUUAUGUUAAUUUUAAUUCCUAUUUUCUGUUUGGGAGUUAGCAUUGGAACUCUGCAUUUCAUUAGAGGGAUUUGCUGGUUCCUUGUACAUAACUUUUAGGCCGCUCAGUUCUAAAAAUGAUUAAUUUGUACAGCGGAAGAAUGUUAUUGUGUUAGUCUAACUAUUUACUUAAUAUUGAGUUUUGCAUAUGAAUGCUGAUAUGUUAUUUGAAUAUUUCUGCUGAUCACAUGAAAUUGCUGAUUAAUAUUUGCAGUAGAACAGCAUUCUAAAGCCAAUUCUGUAUUUAUGCUAUUUGCUACUGGGCCGCUGUGAUCAGGAUAGGCAAAUGAAUAAACUGGAAGACCUCCCCCAGUUCACUCCCCACCCCCACCCCAAAAAACUGGAUUUAUGCUAAUUAUUUGUGAGCCCUCCGCAUUCAAUUAUACCACAGUUGGGACUUUUGUUUUUAACAAAAUGGUUGAAAUAAGUCUGCAGAAAAGUUAUUUGCUUUUGUGUUCUUAAUAUAAACUUACAAACAAAGUGAUAGCAUUUAAUUGGUGUAUUACUGUUUCUUUUUAAUCCAGUUGAUAACUUUAGAUCUUGCCUUGAAGUGUACUUGAGCUUUUAGAUUCCGGUGCAUCAGGUUUCUAAAUUUGAGGAACUCUGAAGUCAGAUAACAUUUGAAAUAUAUUAGUGUUUUCUGAUCGAGUAAUGCAUUGCAGCAUAUUAUAAAUGUUGUACUCUUAAGAACCUAAAUGUCAAUAUAAACUGCCCCCAUGCUUUUUUAAAAAAAACCAGUUUAAAAAACAAUGUUAAAACCAUGUGGGCACUUCAUAUUUUCCUGAUGACAGUUGCAUGUUAAAUAGUGACUUUUUUACAUUGCUGAUUGUGGAACUGUUGCAUUGGGAUUCACUGUUGUGAACUUAGCCAUAGCAUACAAACGUUAGUCAAUAUUUUAACUUGCUAUGGGAGUGACUGUCAAAAUUAGCUUAAUUGACUGUCCACUAAAUCAUAUCAAAAAUAUUUUAACUCGACAACUGCAACUUAAAAUAACUAUUUUCAAUGAAUGUGAGGAGUUGACAAAUGUUACUGCUAUGCUGAAAUUUGACUCAUCAAUACUCCUUCCAUUUUACACCUGGUUACUUAGGUCUACAUUCAGUGUCACUAAUAUAUAUACAGUUCAGGCCACCUCCAUUAAUGCAAGUAGAGACUUGUUCAGGAUACGUGUACAAUUCUCAUGUAUCUGGAAAAGGCUGUUUUUGUUUCAUCAGAAACACCCUGUGGGAUUAUUUUCCUGUAGCUAAUGUGUCACUUGAUAGCUGCAUAACUACAGAAAGCUUUUAGUUAUUGCACUGGCUGCUUUGCAAGUAUGUCAACAUAUUAAGAAUUGGAAACAAUGCAUUGCUGAGUAAUAUGUUGUGCAAUCCAUACUAUAAAUGGGUUGAAAACUAAAGCAUGAGGUCACUUUAGGAAGAUGCCAAAUAUAUAAAUAUUUAAGAUGUAGCAUGAGUAUGGUUAAACAUUUGUAAGUUGUGUUGUUUGUAAGCCAUAUAUACUCAAAUUAUGCUGCAAUCUUAGGUUGUAAGGAGCCGUUGCACUGGAAUCUUCAAGUACUGUGAAAUGUUGCCCUCCAAAGAUAUUUCUGCAGGGUGAUCAGUUUUUGAAUCAUUAGGACUGCUUUAUAAUAGCAAAUCUUGCUAAAUAUGUCCUGUCUCCCCAUAAAACAAUGUCAGAUGAUCUGACUGGCCCCAAGGAUACAAAUAAAUUUUGAUUAAAUAUA